AAAAUAUUCUUACUCGUACAACGAUCCUAGAUUGGUCGACCCUCUGAAAGCAAGCUUUUAAAUAGAGGAACUUUAUGCAAACUCCCAGUCAGUUGGCACUAGAAGGUGGACAUUGUUUUACCUCGUUUCGGUUCAUUAAUUAGUUUAACGCAAGUAUUGUUAUACCUUUUAAGUGAAAAUGAAAGUUCUAGUGGUUGCGGUUUUUGCUGUGUUCGCACAUGCACAACAGUUUAAAUGCCCCGCAAAGGAUGGCUUCUAUGAAGAUCCAGUUCAAUGUGAUAAAUUCUACGAAUGCUACGAUGGAAUUGCGACAGCGAAACUUUGCCCAGAUGGUCUAGUCUUCAAUCCCGCCAUCAGAAAAAUCAACAAAUGUGAUCAACCCUUCAGCGUUGAGUGUGGAGAUCGUACAGAACUUCAACCGGCACAACCUUCGGGAUUAUGUCCACGAAGAAAUGGAUAUUUCUCCCAUCCCGAUCCGAAAGUCUGCAACCUUUAUUAUAAUUGCAUCGAAGGUGUGAGUACAAAGCAGUCUUGCCCACCGGGACUUCAUUUCGAUGAAUUUACUGGAACAUGUGUUUGGCCCGAGUCGGCCGGGCGUGAAGGAUGCGAUGCCGGUGAAACGAUGGUACUCAAGGAUGGCUUUAGAUGUCCGAAGGAAGGUCAAACUGACUCAAAUGGACAGUUGGUGGUCCAUCCAAAGUUUGCGCAUCCAAACGAUUGCCAAAGGUUUUAUGUUUGUUUGAACGGAGUGGAGCCCAGGGAUUUGGGAUGCAUAAUUGGUGAGGUAUACAAUGAAGAAACGCAAAAAUGUGAUGCCCCAGAAAACGUACAUGGAUGUGAGGACUGGUAUAAAGAAGAACAGGUGCCAAAAUCGCCGUUAAGUAAGAAGCCUUAGAUAUAGUUGAUCGCUGUGAAAUUUUAUACUUUACCAUAAGCUUAAAUUGUAAUUACUAUCAAACCAAGAAUCUGUAUUUAUUUUUCGGUACGUUCAGUUCCGUUGUAUGUAUAUUCUUAAGAUGAAAAUUGUUCCUAGUCUGUUUUCGCUUACUUUAAGUGUAAUUAAAUACAGAAGAAAUUA